CGUCAAAAUGGGAAGGUCAAGGUCGUCAAAUAGGAGGAUCAGACCAGCUCUGCUCCUUGUGUUUCCCACUUGACAAUGGAUUCGCCUCGAUUCAGAAUGCCGUUGUUAGGAAGUAGUAAUGAGCUGGAGGAAGGGUGCGAAGAACGUCAUGACAACGAAGGGCACAAAGAAUCCCGUGUCAAGACGGCUUGUAAGAUCAGGCCACUUCGCGUAAUCGGCUUUGCUUUGCUGUUUCCCUUGGCCAUUUUCCUCGUUUGCUUGUCUCUAAUCUCGGGAGUGCAUACUGUCGGCUUCUGCGUGGACGGGAUGGGGGAUGACCGUUGUGAUCCCGUGUGUGAUAACAGCAGUGGUCACACCUUCUAUGGACAAUCCACGGAUCCCAUCGUCAGUACCAUUUCGUUCAAUCGCACAUCGUCUCCUGGACAAGGCAAAUGCUGCUGCGAGGCACGAUUAAACAGGAAUACCUUUUUGCGCUCACAAGGACCGGAUGUGCUGUACUCUGUGUUGCAAAUUACUGGUGGAGAUAGACUUUGGACCACGUCAGAAACAGAGUACAUCCGAUCCCGCGUCAACGCAUGGGACUAUGGGAAUUUGUUGGCCCCGUUGACAUGCACUCCUGGUGCCAGCAUCGCACAGGCCAUGCAAUGUGUCCGUAAUGGGAAUACCUUCCCACCCUCUGAGAAGUUUAAAGAAGGAUCUAUAGCCCUUGUUGGAGAUUCAAUUACUAGGUAUGGUGAUUCCGAAGAGAACAUGGGAUGGGCCAUGCAGCUAAGAUCCUGUUACAAGGGUCGAUAUGAAGUUGUGAAUAAAGGGAACCCUGGAUGGACCACAGACGACUACCUGAGUUUACUUGAGCCAGUCCUAAAGCAGUUUCCUUCGCCCACCUUGAUCACACUGAUGCUGGGAACCAACGAUGCCUUUAAGCUGUCGCUAUCAGCAUACAAGAAUAAUCUGCUGAAGAUGAUGCAAAUCGCCAACUCAAUCCAUCCAGGCACCCGGUUGUUACUCAUCACACCGCCACCUCCCGGGUCAGAUCCAGAUACCAUUCAUGAAACCAUGAACGACUUUCGCAAUGCAAUGUUGGAACUGAGCAUAGCAACCGGAACACCUGUUUUGGAUACAUGGAAAGUUUUCCUGGGACCGGAUGCACGAUACGAUGGCAGUGUCAUGAGCAAGUACCUUGCUGACGGGGUCCACCUCAACAAGGACGGCAAUGUUGCUCUUUACGAGGGACUUACAGCAUUCCUCAAAGAGCACUGGCCGGAAAUCAAUCCCUAGGUGGGACUGAUCAGAUCACUAGUAUUUAUUAACCCGCUCCCAAGAAGUAGAGCAUGUACAUUGUAUGACGAUAUAUUUGUAGAGCAGUAUGGUGGUAUUCUUGAUGCACACUGCGGACCUCAUUCUCGAAUAGUAAUUUAUGAUGGAGAUACCAGCUAGUAGCUUUGUUGCUCACCGUGUUU